AUGUUUAUGAAACUUUCUAAAAUGGUAUAUAAAAAAUAUUGUGUUGUGCUUCUGAUUUUCGCUCUAGCGAUAGUUCAGGCUGUCGGUUACGACACGGAGCUGUUCGAGACCGUCGCCUGUGAUAGCACUGCAUGUUUUGAUUCACUACACGGAGCUCUGGGUGAUUGUUCCUGUAAUGUUGACACGAUCGACUAUUUCAAUAAUGUGAAGAUAUUCCCUCGCAUCCAGAGUUUGGUGAGCAAAGACUAUUUUCGUUUCUACAAGGUCAACUUGAAAAAAGAAUGCCCGUUUUGGGCCGACGAUAGCAGGUGUGCCAUGAAAUAUUGCCAUAUAAAAACUUGUUCCAAGGAGAGUGUUCCCGGUUUCGAGAAUGACUACGAAAAUGAACUCGAGGAGGAACCACCGGCUCUUAAGUAUUCCCAGGAGGCCCAGACUCCAUGUAACAGUGACGCAGACCAUGAUCCCGCUCUCGGAUAUCUUAACAUGACCCUAAGUGUCGCAAGUCAAUUCGAAAUCGCGAAAUGGAAAGCUUACGACGAUUCUGUUGGUAACUUCUGUGAUUGUGAUGAUAAAGAUGCUGAAGCGGAAUAUGUAGACUUGUCAUUAAAUCCCGAGAGAUACACAGGGUACAAAGGCACCUCCGCACACAGGAUUUGGAGAAGCAUCUAUGAAGAGAAUUGUUUCAGACCUAAGGUUAAUCCAUACAAAUCUUUUCCUUAUGUUUUAAGCUCGGAUUUAGGCAAUAUGUGUUUGGAGAAAAGAGUUUUCUAUAGAGCAGUUUCUGGGCUACAUACAAGUAUAAACAUACAUUUAUGUUCAAAAUAUUUGCUAUCAGAAAAGAAGUUAGGUUUCGCCGCUCCACCAGAAGGUGAAUGGGGACCGAACCUGGCUGAGUUCCAACGUCGUUUUGAUCCAUCCCAAACAUUUGGUGAAGGUCCAAAUUGGCUGAAGAAUCUAUACUUUGUAUACUUACUUGAAAUGAGAGCUUUGGCUAAAGCCGGACCGUAUUUGGAACGCGAAGAUUAUUUCACCGGUAACCCUGUCGAAGAUGAGGAAACAAGAGAUGCUAUACGCAACAUGCUAGGAGUUAUAUACACAUUCCCCGAUCACUUCAAUGAAUCAUCUAUGUUCAACGGAGGCAGCCCGGCUGCAAAAUUAAAACAGGAAUUCCGAGAUCAUUUUUGGAACAUUUCACGUAUAAUGGAUUGUGUUGGAUGUGAUAAAUGCAAGUUGUGGGGCAAGUUACAGACCCAGGGUUUGGGGACCGCACUCAAAAUAUUAUUCUCCGGCCAGUGGGAUAGUUUUGAUGAGGAAGCGGAGAAGGGGAGAAUAGUACUGCGGCAUAAAGCACACAAGCGCUUACAAAGGACUGAGAUAGUGGCACUAUUUAAUGCCUUCGCAAGAUUAUCAAAUAGCAUAAGGGAAUUAGAAAACUUCAGGAAUAUGCUCAGCGCCCUCACAGACGGCCAGAAGGACGUGUAUAGCGGAGCGGCCGGUGACAUGAAACGAGAGCGCUGUACAUCAGGAGUAUCGAAACCUAGCCUUUGGAGUUAG